AUGAAUAUUAAAGUAUUGAUCCUGGCCUUAUUGGUUGCUCUUAUAACAAGCUAAUAGUAUAGUAUUUCUUAAUGUGAUUGUUCCUAAUUGUUAUCAGAAGAUGAUUGCUCAAAAAAUGAUAUGAUCAAAUGUUAAUGGGAUAGCACAAAGAAGACAUGUAAAAAUUAGGAUACAACAACUAAUCCAGUUAUAAACUAUGCAAAAUAUUGUGAUAAUUUUAAAGAAAUGGAAUGGUCCAAAACAAAAACCAUGUAGCAAUUGUGGAUCUUACUC